AUGCUGAGCUGUGCUCCGUAUAGCCGGUGUUCUCUGAUCCGGGCGGAGGGUUGCGCUCGGCUCUCAUGUCUCCGUCCGCCCGGGGGACCUGUAGCCGGACCGCCGCCCCCACACAUCCGAUCUGCAUCGCCGGAACAGGGCAAGCAGAAGACUGCAGUGGCGCAGCUCCAUGCAGACAAUAGACGUGGAAGAGAAGACACAAAGGCUUGCAACGGAUGGCGCUCUAGAUGUUCAAAUCUGCUGAUGCUGUUACAUUGAUGUUGUGAGGAGCAUAGAUCGAGUCUACCCUAAUGCUCACAUGGUCGAGAGUAUGACGUCACCCUCCAAGGGCUGUGGGAACGGACCAGGAGUUACCUCUCAAGUCAUUGACAAAAGUGUUUCGAGAACUUCUCAAGACAGCUGUCACAAUGGAGCUCUUGACAACAAAGAAGACUCCCAGGAGGAUCAGAGCCCCUCCAAGUCGUCAAAUGUAUUCACCAGCCCAAUACAGCGGUCCACCCCUAAUGGCGAGAGGCCCCGUUCAAUGAUGGGCAUGGGCAACUCAUCAACAUGGAAUGCUUUGUCAUCUUUGCGGAAGAUGGGUUCGUUCAAAAAGCUAAAAUCAUCUGUUCUGCAAGGAAUUCAGGCUAAAGAAAAUGCUAAUAAUUUAAGUGAUGCAGAAAACGGGGGUGAUAUGCAGAAGCGCCUGUCUUCUGAUGGAGUUAUAAGUUGUCAAACAACCUGCAGGAUAUCGGCCUCAAGAUCCAUGCAGGAUCAUUUUAAUGUGACGGAUGGCCUGCAGUCGGAUGGGUCUGAUGUUGAGGAGUCCGAUGACACGUUUUUGAGGAGCACCCAUCGAUCUCGCAGUAUCAGACGUGCCUAUGGAGCUGGUCGAAUCAACUUAUUGGAUAAGGACAACGUCCGCGUAUCAAACAGUCCCCUUAAGCUUUCGCCUAUUGGGCGGGAGAAAAAUGUCUGUGAAAUUAUUGUGAAAAACUCGGACAGCAACAAAAUUAUUUACAGAAGGAGUAAAAGUACAGACAACCUCAACUUUCUCAAAAAGAGCUCUUUCAAAAGGAAAUCUACCUCUAACCUUACGGAUGUAAAAUCUAACAGCGAAAAGGAGAUCAUCCAGAAAAGCCAGAUAAAUACGUCUGCAGAUACCAAUAAUCUAUCUGGGACUCCAGAGAGACAAUCCAAACGGUGGAGAAGCCCAAUCAGGGCAAAGGACUUUGACAGAGUGUUAAAAAUCAUGAGCAAUGUUACUGAGGGCAAUUGGAAAAAAGAGAGUAGCAAAGGCAGCUCUCCCACCAACGAAGAAUGUCGCCGAGGUCGGCCGAACAGCCGAUUACAUGAUGAUUAUUCCAGGAGAGUAUCCAGCAGCGCGGACACAGAAAGGAGGAGAUGUAUAUUUGGUCCACAUUCCCCCUCAUCUGAGACAAAUUUGUGUCUAAGCUCCCCUCGGACUAACGUGGACAGUCCAUCCUUUGAGACUGAUAUCAGAUUGUCCUCUUCUGAGGCCCUCUCUGUUAAGCGUUGUAGCCUCUCUCCUACCAGUAGUAGCUUAAACCAAUUGGCCAAUGAGGUAUUCUACUCCGAUUCCGAGGAACCUAGACAUAUUCCCCAUUCCAUAUCAGACUUUGGAAUUCUGGGAACUCCUGUGAGACCCACUGCCCCAAAGCCACAGAGCCCAAGUUCGGAACUCCGCAAACCUGCUUCUUCUAUCCUUUAUACUAAUCACCAAAGCACUUUAUCGUUGAGCUCCAUGGAAAGUGAUGAGCGGGCAGAACUGGGCACCGUAAAAGCAGAUAGGAGUCCGCAUUCCUUUAAGGAUACCAUUAAACAUACUUACUCUGAUGAUGGGAAUGAGGACAGUGGAAUAAGCAGCCAGUCUCAACUGAGCCUCAACGUGGUUAAUGAAGAAAAACAAGAAGCGGUUACUACCGAAGAUACCUGGACAAAAUCUCAGUCACAAGAUGAAGAAAAGACAGAGUCCCAAAAAGUGGCUUCUCGGAAACUGGCCUCAGGAAAAAGCCGUUGUCGGCCAAGGCCACUCUCGGACUAUGGCCAGGUGGCCAGUCGUAGUUUUUCCAUCCCAGAAGAUUCUGUACCCAUGGAUUGUCAAGAAAAUAGCAACGUUAACUGUAAUUUUCCCACACGGUCUCUUAGUGAAGAGCCUAAAGUUCGUAAGCCUAGAGCUGAGUUCCAAACCAAUCCUAAACGAAGGCCCAUCUCUGUGAUUGGUGGGGUCAACUGUUAUGGAACCAGUGAAGACGAAGAAAAUGGACAUUUGCUUCAACAACCAGUACCACGGCCUCCUGUACCAUCACACAAAGUGCCACCAUACAAGGCAGUGUCUGCUCGGUUGCGACCAUUUACCCUUUCUCAAAGCACACCAAUUGGUUUGGAUAGAGUUGGACGCAAGCGGACUAUAAGAGUCUCUAACUUCUCCACAGAUGGAGGAGCGGAAUCCACCACUUUGGUUGAUGACAAUGGAAGUGAGGAAGAAUACAGCUAUGAAGAACCCUACCAGGCCAAUCCAAGAUAUCUGCAGCCGGGAGGGGAACAGCUGGCCAUUAAUGAGUUGAUAAGCGAUGGCAGUGCAGUAUAUGCAGAGGCAUUAUGGGACCAUGUGACUAUGGAUGAUCAAGAGCUGGCCUUUAAAGCGGGAGAUGUUAUACGGGUCCUUGAGGCCUCGAAUAAGGACUGGUGGUGGGGUCGAAUUCGAGACACAGAGGCUUGGUUUCCAGCAAGUUUUGUCAGGCUGCGAGUAAAUCAAGAAGAUGUUUCUGAAAACUCAGGCAGUCUACAUGAUGAAGAACAUGACACUGAUGUUGGCAAAUUUCGCCUCAAGAGUCCUGAGAACAAGGACCAAAUGAGGGCAAAUGUCAUCCGUGAGAUCAUGAACACUGAGAGGGUCUACAUCAAACAUUUGAAAGACAUCUGUGAGGGCUACAUCAAGCAGUGUCGAAAGCACACCAGCAUGUUUACCGAAGCACAGCUCAAGAUUAUUUUUGGUAACAUUGAAGAAGUUUACAAGUUUCAGAAGGCAUUCUACAAGAAUCUAGAAAAACAGUACAACAAAGAGGAACCUCACCUGAGUGAAAUUGGUGAUUGCUUCCUAGAAAAUCAAGAUGGGUUUUCGGUCUACUCUGAGUACUGUAACAAUCACCCCAGUGCCUGCCUGGAGCUCUCCAAUCUGAUGAAGCAGAGCAAGUACAGACACUUCUUCGAGGCCUGUCGUCUGUUACAGCAAAUGAUCGAUAUAGCUAUUGACGGUUUCCUGCUGACUCCAGUCCAGAAGAUCUGCAAGUACCCAUUGCAGCUAGCCGAGCUAUUAAAAUACACAACACAAGAUCACAGGGAUUACGGUAAAAUAAAAGAAGCUUAUGAAGCCAUGAAAAAUGUUGCCUGUUUAAUUAAUGAGCGGAAACGACGGCUGGAAAGCAUAGACAAGAUCGCCUGCUGGCAGGUCUCCAUAGUGGGCUGGGAGGGACAAGACCUUUUGACCAGAAGCUCAGAGCUCAUUUAUUCAGGAGAACUGACAAAGAUCUUCAAACAAGGCAAAAGCCAGCAAAGGACUUUCUUCCUCUUUGACCACCAGAUGGUGUUCUGCAAAAAGGACUUGUUACGCAGAGACAUUUUGUACUACAAGGGUCGAAUAGACAUGGAUGAGAUGGAGUUUACAGACGUUGAGGACGGAAAGGACAGGGACUUCAAUCUGAACAUUAAAAAUGCUUUUAAAAUGGUAAAUAAAGAGACUGAAGAGGUCCAUUUAUUUUGUGCAAAGAAGCCAGAGGACAAACAGAGAUGGCUGCAAGCAUUUUUGGAUGAGAGAAAGCGUGUCCAAGAUGACAUAGAUAUGGGAAUGGAAUUUACAGAAGACCAGAAAAAACAGGCAAUGUCCAAUGCAAGGAAAUCAAGACAAGGAAAGAUGAAAGGUGUUGCUUACAAUGGAUUUCCAAAGGUACCACACCAUCAGAACUUGCAUCCUAUCCACCAGCGACACAUCACCGUGCCCACCAGCAUUCCCCAGCAGCAAGUCUUUGCCCUGGCAGAACCCAAGAGAAAGACAUCUCCAUUCUGGAACACAAUCACUAAACUCACCCCCUUCAAGAAGUGAGCUGCUCAAAGCCCCCAUCAUGAAGGACUGUAUUCCUGAGUUCUUGAAGGACACAUCCAGUAUUUUCUGGAGAUAUCUGAUGACACUGCAGUUUUUUUUUGAAGAAAACAAUGAAGAAAUUGACAGUUAUGUGAAAUGACAGGGGAAAUCAAUCCCUUGUGCAGUGUGUUCUGUCAGUAAGGAUGCCGCCUGGGACUACUUGCUAUUUGACCAAUAUUUUAUUUAUUUAAAGACAGUCUUUAUUUGAUUUUAUGGCAUUUUUUUUAAAUAUGUAAAUAUUUUUUUUAUCUUCAAUUAGAAACAAUUGCCUAAUA